AUGGCCACCGGUACUCCCACUCCUGGGAGUGAUUAUGCGGCGUCGCCACCGCUUGAAACCGGCGCCGGCGGUCGCUCACUGUCGACACCGGGCGCAAAGCCAAACAAUUCGCCCAUCGAAUCGCGCGCAAACUCUCUAGGUCCCGACUCCGUGGAUUGUCAGGAUGGCACUGGUUCAGCAACUGUGGGACGGAAGCGCAAGCUGAAUAGCACGUCGGCUCGCGGCGUGGCCAAUCUCACCCCGGAUCAAUUGGCGAAGAAACGGGCGAACGAUCGUCAAGCCCAACGCGCGAUCCGGGAGCGCACGAAGGGGCAUAUAGAGGCGCUGGAGCAGCAGGUGCGGGUUCUCUCCUCACAGAAACCUUUCCUCGACCUUCAAGCUGCGCUGCAGCAGAAUGAGCGAGUGCGGGCGGAGAACAAGGAGCUGCGUCAGGGACUACAAGCAGCAAUGGACAUCAUACGGCCAUUGUUAGCCCGACCAGAGAUUCCUGGUACGCUCGGGAUUAUGGAAUUUCUGAGAUUUAUGAUGUGUUCUAACAAAUAUCCAGAACUACCAACCUAUCUCACUCAAACGAAGCCCGUACCACCCACCGAUACUCCUCCCCUCCCCUCUGCCGAGACAUCUACGCCUGCACCUGCCACCCAGUCUUUCGAUAAACCAUCCGCCGACUCGCCUGCAAGCCUUGAUACACCGUCGCCCACACGCUCCACAUCUGCGCCGACUAGUCGCCGUAAUAGCAGUAAUGGAGGUCCCCAGGCAUCCUCUGUCCGAUUGGCACUUGCCCAGAACAUCGCUCAUGGCUUGGAUUUUGGCAUAGAAGAGAAGCUCGGCUUCAACUUCCUUCUAGACCCCUCACAGAACGUUCCCAAGGUUGACCGGCUUCAUCGCAAUAGCUUAGAGCAGGCACGCACCGCCCAAGCGACUACUGCUUCUCCUUUAUACCCCGCCCCGACAACCUGCCCAAACGGACAGCCGUUACCUGGACAGCCACUGCCUGCAUAUGCAACUCCAGUCAAAAAUAUCCCGCCCACCUGCCCCCUCGACAGCAUCCUACUAGACUUUUUACAUAACCGGCAGCGUGAAGCCGCGCAAGGAAUCCCCCGACAAAAGCUCGUCGGUCCGCCAUAUCCAAGCGUGUCAUCCCUGCUGAAUCCCGAGAAGAGCGCCGGCUCCCACCCUGUGUCGAAAGUGUUCACUGACAUCUUGCGCACAUUCCCCGAUAUCUCAUCGCUGCCAGACCAGGUUGCCAUCCUCUAUGUCAUGUUCCUCCUCAUGCGUUGGCAGAUCUACCCGACCCAAGAGAACUACGACCGGCUGCCGGAUUGGCUUACGCCGCGAGCCACUCAACUCCUCCAGCCCCAUCCUGCAUGGAUCGAUUACUUACCCUUCCCUCGGAUGCGGGAUCGCCUCGUGGCCUCAUACCAGGACUACCCGUUCGAAAACUGGUUUAUCCCCUUUACCCGCGGGCUAUCGGUCAACUGGCCCUACGAAGAUACAGACUGCCUGCUCGUCGCCGGGGACUCAGACGAGUUCCUCAUCAAUCCGGUCUUCGAGCGGCAUUUGCGCAACCUGUCCAAUUGGUCUUUAGGGCCCUUGUUCGCAGAGUGUUAUCCCGGCCUUGUGGACACCACUGUCAUUAGACCAGAUAAAGGGCUUUCGAAACGAAACGGCUCGACGCCUAAUCGGACUGUGUAA